AUGGCAGAGAAGGCACAAAACCCUAUGAAGGAGCUCCGUAUCUCCAAGUUGGUGCUCAACAUCUCCUUGGGAGAAUCUGGUGAUCGUCUUACCCGUGCUGCAAAGGUUUUGGAACAACUUUCCGGUCAAACUCCUGUUUUCUCCAAGGCCCGUUACACCAUCCGUCGUUUCGGUAUCCGUCGUAACGAAAAGAUUUCCUGCCAUGUCACUGUCCGUGGUCCCAAGGCUGAGGAAAUUUUGGAGCGUGGUCUUAAGGUUAAGGAGUACGAAUUGAAGCGUCGCAACUUUUCUGCCACCGGUAACUUCGGCUUCGGUAUCCAAGAACACAUCGACUUGGGUAUCAAGUAUGACCCCUCCAUUGGUAUUUAUGGUAUGGAUUUCUAUGUUGUUAUGGACCGUCCUGGUAUGCGUGUUACUCGCCGUAAGGCCCAACGUAGCCGUAUUGGUUUCACUCACAAGAUCACUCCUGAGGAUACCAUCAACUGGUUCAAGCAAAAAUAUGAUGCUCUUGUUACUGGAAAGUAAAUAGAAUAUUAGCCAUCCCAUCCUUGGUGAUAGUGAAUUUUAAUAUUGUUGGUUGAACUAAUUGUUGCUAGCAUAUUUAGAGCUUGUUGUAAAAUGUAAGUAGCCCAGUAAUUUAAUGUAAGGAACGACAUCAGUGAAAACUCAAUGGUCCAGCAGCUGCCGUUGUUUCAUAUAGUAAGGUUAAUCUUCUCAGCUUCAUUAUUUA